AUGUACAAUCCGUCACUGUUUGUGCUUUUGACCUUUAUCUGCUACGUAACUGCAAAAAGCACAGAUAACACAGGCUACUGCAGAAACCCCAGAUACAUGGUGUCGAAACUACAAAAAAAGAGAAGCGACUUGAUGAAUCAGUUUGUAUUCGCCAAUAACAAUGUUCCAGAAGCCCUUAGACUAGAUACCAGAUCACAGCCCUUUCCUAAUUCGUCUGAAGGAAGCGUAAAAGUGGCAGUGGCACAAACGUUCUACGACACUGUAAUAAACAACGGUAAAGACACCCUUGUCGCUUUGUACGCUCCUUGGUGCAAGUACUGUCAAGUGCUUUUGCCCCAACUGGAGGAUGUUGCCGACAUGUUAAAGAACGAAAAUGUUUCGAUAGUGAAAAUGGAUGCAACCACAAAUGAGGUUCCACCUAAUUAUGACGUACCCAGUUAUCCCACCAUUUAUUGGGCACCAAAGGAAUCCAAGUUUUUUCCGAGGAAAUAUGAAGGAGGAAGAUCUUCUGAGGAAAUGCUGAAAUACAUUGCGUCGCAUGCCUCACAAGAAUUAAAAGGAUAUACCAGAAGAGGAAGUUUGAAAAAUGGAGUAGUUAUUUAA